CAGCAGCAGCAACAGCAGCAGCAGCAGCAGCAGCAGCAGCAGCAGCAGCAGCAGCAACAACAACAGCAGCAGCAGCAGCUGCUGCAGCAGCAGACUCCAAGGCAGAACCCACCAUGAAGUAACAACAAUCUACCCACGAGCUGGAGAAGUUGACCGUGAAGGAGAACGCAGACCACGGGUGUCCAGGCCAUGUGGGCGGGGUCACGGGUGGCUGCGUGGGCGGCGGUGUGGGUGAGCAUGGGUGUGCGGGCGUGCCUGGGGGCGUGCACCAUGGCUGAGUUCCCCUGCAGAAACAAGCAGUGUGUUAGCCUCGACCUCUACUGUGACGGCCACCCAGACUGUGAAGACGCCAGUGACGAGCCCAACGCUUGCUCUCCGUGUAACAGGACGUACUACGGGCGAGUGGGCACAUACACACUGCAGGUGUCCAAACCGACCAGGGGGACACUGCCUCAUUUCUGCCAGCUCACCUUCAUCGCCUCCGGGGACAUGUACGGAGACCUGGUGCAGCUCAGCAUCGACAAAUUCAACCUAGGCAGAUUCGUGUCGCACACGGUGGCUGGCUGCCCAGAUGGUUACAUGCAGAUAGAGGAGCUGAGUCGUCCACUGAACGCUGGAUACUGGUGCGGCGCCUCUUGGGGCCACAACGUCUACUAUUCAGAGACUUCCGCCGUCACGGUCAUGCUAAGAGUUUUCAACCGCCUGGAAGAAGAUCCGCAGGCUAAUCCGGCGGCCUUCUCACCGCAGGAAUCCAUCAUGUUGCGGAUCUCUUAUCGUUUCUUUCGGAAGGAGCGCGCAGUGCUAAGGUACGGUGCCCCUUACAAUCCUAGCUACCGUGGGGAGGACAUCCCAAACUCCUUCUGCGACAAGAACUUUGAAAAUUGCGACAAGAAAAAUUGCAAGAUACAGUCGCCUAACUACCCAGGGCUGUACCCACGCAAUCUGACGUGCCAUUACCACGUGCGGCAAACACGCGUGCCAGAUGGCAAACUGCCCCUAAUUCGCAUUUACCAGCGUAACCCACAUCUUAUAUAUAUCAAAGACCGUAACGCGCCGCAUCUCUCACGAGAGCGCCAGAUGCGGGUUGGCUCUGCGUGCCAUGUGCUACACGACUAUCUAGUGGCCUUCGACGGUAGUUCAACGAGAGCGGCCGUGCUCGCCACACUGUGUAAGGGCGGGGCGCCUCUGUCAGGCAUCACCUCCAGCGGGCCCGACCUCUUCUUAGUCUUCCAUGCUUCGCCCUUCGAUUUUCCUUUCCAGGACUCGCCGCGUCGGCGUACUUUCGGCUUCGAACUGGAUGUUGAGGUCGAGUUUGUGGACCGGGAAUCGACGGCCUACGUGCGUCGCGGUGGCACCUGUGAUUACAUGGUGAGCAGCCGUGGGCAGAGGAGUGGCUACCUUCAGGCGCCAGCUCACUCUCUCUUGCCUAAUACCACCUGCACCUGGCGGCUGCUGGCUGCGUCCUCGGAGGUGGUGUGGCUAUAUUUCGUCCAUUACCGCCACGUAGUACAUGCAGAGAUGCCUCCCCCAGCCCAUUGUUCCAACACACUUACCAUCCUUGACGGAGACCCAACAGGUUCCCAUAUUCCAGAACAUAUCUAUGGUUUCGAUUUAUUUCAGCAGAGUAAUAAUCUGUCGGGGCAGGUGGACAAUACUAGUACCCCGACGCGCCUUGGUAAGUUCUGCCGCCCAGAGCGUCUGCCACGAGUAUGUAGCGGCGUUCACGCUCCAGGGCCUCAUGCUGCUCCUUGCUCUCCGGCUGAGAGUUAUGUGUCCAAGUCAUCGGCAUUAACACUGUCUCUGCGAUAUGCUGCCGGCACUGCACCAGCUCACGUGGAGUUCUUAGCUCGCUAUGAGUUUGUAGACAAGCGUCAGUGGGGCUCAGCUACGCCUGACGGCGGUGUGUGUGACCGUACUUUCACACUCAGACCUGACGGACUCUUUGCCUCACCGCGAGAUGUCUUCUUAUUUGGACGCGGAGGGUCACGACGGCUGAAAUGUGUAUACACAUUUUUGGCAGAGCCAUACCAGCGUAUUGCACUGCGCAUCAUUCGUUCUCGCAUGGGACCUCUGUGCACCACUGUGUUUCGCCAGUCGUCGCUACGUUACGAGUGUUCUCACGGCGGAGCUGCUCGCGAACCAGCCAUCUGGGUAACAGAAGAGCCAUGGGAGGGCGUUCCACUCACCCGCGCUUGUCUCUGUAAUACAUACCACACUCGCCCCUUUUCCCUAGUCUCCUAUACCAAUAAGAUAAAGCUUGUGCUUAGUGUACCGUACAUGACAGCUGCUCACGACUACACAGAUUUCUUCUUUGAAGGUGAGUACACCAUUUUCGAUGUCGGUGUAGAGUGCGACGAGAGAACGAGGAAACUUUCUGGUCGUCAUGGCAAUUUUACGGUAGGGUCUGGUCGAGGUAAUUAUUGUUCCAGCCUACCGCGCCUCGUCACUGCCAACGACGGCUCUUUCCUCUUCCUUCGGGUUCAGGGACAUCGAGCUACGGAAACAAGCUGUAGUGUGUCAUCACGUAUUAAUGUGUACGCGGCGGAGAGUGUGGCUCCUCUAGCCUCAAUAUGCCCCGAGCCACCUCAUGCCUCAACACACGUGUUCAGCAGUGGUUGGCGGAGUUUUGAUAUGCCUCUGAUAGAACAUCAUAACAGGAACUCUAGGCAUAAUGAUAGUGUAAAAACCACUCACCACCACCACCCGCAGCAGCACGGUCGACACCCAGGAGAGAGACAGAGGGAGACGCGAGACCUUCUGGUUGAAUAUGUAGGUAACUACACUGGCGCAUUCUUAGUGACUUACGUGGGAGUGUGGCGGCCGCUGGAAACGGCGCCCCUAUCUCCUGCCGGCGCUGACAUGUGUCCUCACCGCUGCCCAGAAAUUCAAGCGUGUCUUCCUGUAGAGCUCUGGUGUGAUGGCGACAGUCACUGUCCAUCAGGCAUGGACGAAGGAGCAGCAGCUUGCGGCUUCCUUGCCGCCUUGCCUUGGGUAUAUUUAGUUGCAGGAGUUAUUCUCCUAAUGUCUCUCAUGGCAUUGUUAGUUGCUGUAGUAAUUCACCGGCGGCGGACGCUGGCGGUAAAAGCAGUGGCAACAGCGGUAGUGGAGAAUAACAGUCAUGGUAUCAAGAGCGCCACGCACGAUCUUUUGCUGCCCCCGGAAAAAGAAUCUUGGUGACAACGCGCCCCGUCUGGCGAUGUCGUCUGUGUAGACUACGAAACAACUGUGUAGGUGCCUCUGUUCAGGUGGCACGCUCUACAGAGUGCCUAUCUCCAGGUGACAUCCUCUAGAGUGUUGGUACCUCUUUUUUAGGUGACACCCUCCAUAUCAGGCACGUGUUAAAUCUAAACAUAACAAGCAACAGGCAUAAAGCGUUCAAUUGAACAGCCUUGACCAGGUUGAGGCAGAAAGAGACAGAGGACUUGUCCAAGGAUAGUCCUGAACCUCAAGGACGCAGUCACUGGAGGCCGUGUGUGUGUGUGUGUGUGUGUGUGUGUGUGUGUGUGUGUGUGUGUGUGUGUGUGUGUAUGUGUGUGUGUAUGUGUGUGUGUAUGUAUAAGGUCUGCCGCUGUGUGUGGCAGACUCUUCACUGUAAAGUGGUAUGCGUAUGUGGUACGCGUAUGUGGAGUAAGGUCUGCCAUAGCGUGAGGCCGAUUCUUCAGUGUAAACUUAUCAGGAAACUUGCGCUGUGCAUCAUAUUGGUGUAAUGAAGUGCGAUACCCAUGGAAAGACGUUUACUUGUGUGAUGCUGCGUUACUGGUCGACGAACGGUACAAUAUAUGACCUGUGUGUUGGUGAUGGAAUGCGGUCAGUGAUGGUGUACUCUCUAUACGAACCAUGGGACUCAAAUAU